CCAGAGCGGAGCGAGAUAAGUCAUGACGCUUGGCCGGCCUUCCCUUUGGGCCACAGUCAAGGCCUCGUUGAGUUCAACCGUCUGCGUGUCGCUGCGAUGCCCAGCUUGUGCGUUGCGGGCAGCGGAUGGUAUGUCGGGGAGAGUAUGGGAAAGGUUAUUGGGGACCUGUCCAGUGGGGUGUUGGGGCGUCUCGUGAGGAGGCUUGGGGCCGAUGGCUUUGUGGAGCGGGAGAGGGACGUCGACUGGGCCAAUAGGAGUGGUCACUCGUUACUAG